AUGCCCUCAAGGACUUUGCCACCAAGGACGCCCGGCUCGACCGUCUUCAUCGAGAACAACUUCUGGCAGCAGCGCCUUGCAAACCAAAUGGUCGCUACAAUGGGAAUGUACUUGAACAUUGGCCCGAACACUCACAUGGCGAGUGCCAGCCCAGCAAACGAUCGUGCACGUUGGACUGUGGUGGACGCAGGCGAUGGGGAGAUCGCCCUGCACAACGAGCAAACGGCGAUGUUCCUUAUGAUAUCCGAUCAGCACAUUUGGGGUCAUCCUGCUGCCGCGAGCCACUGGGCAAAUUGGAGCAGCGCGAGGUUCACCGUGGUCCCUUCGCCGGCGAGCGGAUGGUUUGGACUGUACAACAAGCAUUUCAAACGGUUCGUGUCGAUGGGGGACCACGGCACCUAUGUUUCUCCCGAGAUUGAGGCCAAGGACUUCCCGGCAGGGUGGACCCAUCAGCAGUUCAAAUUUAUCGUGGGCAAGCCCUACCUGCAGCCAGGCACAAGAGUAGCCCUCUACUCACAUCACAAGACCUGGCUGCGCAUGCACAACAACUUCACGGACACUGUGCAGUACCCAGCACUUACCCCUGGUAACUUCCAUGCCCACCUUGCCGCGCACACGUGGGAGACGUUCGAGGUGGUGGAUGCCGGGAGGGGCGAGAUUGCCCUACACAGCGCGAAGUGGGCGCGGUUCGUGGGACUGACACCUACCGGCCUGGCCUACUCGACGGAGCACAGGCACGCCGAUCAGCUCCCAGCCGAAUGGACCUGGGAAAGGUUCGCCGUGGUGCCCCUCGGCAAUGGCCUCAUUGGCUUGCACAACCCUCAAAACAACCGCUUCCUGACCGCAACACCGCAGGGAGGUGCCGUCGGCAGUGCACCAAUGUCACCACAUGGCAUUCCUGAUAGUUGGACUUGGGAGCGAUGGCAAGUGGUCGAGCUGACCGGCAGCAGUGUGCCUACCAGCCCGACACUCCCGGGUGGCUGGGACUUCGAUGCCGCACGCUGA